AUGGAAGAGCUAACGUGGACGUUUGCGCAGGAUUUUGUGGUGACUUUCCAAUCCACAAGCACGGAGUUGUCCACGCGUCUCGAGAGUUUGCGUUCGUCCGGAUCCGUUACGCCAGAUGACCUCCAGAAGGCCUCUCAGGAUGUCUCCAAGCUAUCAAAAGAGCUCACGGAUGCGACAGGGAGGCUUCCAAGCUACGAUCAGCGACAAUGUGUUCUGCAACUACAGACACUAGAACGCAAAGUCAACGAUCUGCAGCUGUCUACGAACAAGCCAAAGUUCUCUUUCAAGCGAAAGGCUGUUCAGGGUGCACCCACACCUAUGGCAGAUACCGAGACUCAAAACGUGCACAAGCAACCAACCUCGGACAAGGCUUCUAGCGUCCCAGUCCCCGCUCCCAGCGAUGUCAUGAGUAUACAAUCAUUGUCACACAGGUACCUUGAUACUGGCUUCUGGUCCCCAUCCGAGAAUCGAUCAGAGCUCUCGAUAUCGUCCAUCGAAAACUGUAUCGUGAAUCUCCUGCCUCGUGCUGACCAGGAGCUAUCCCUGUCGGCGGUGCAUGUCGCGCAGCUAUCCGAUAGCAUCCUACUUCUCCCUCAGAUCAAGGGUAGCAUGCUUCUGCACAACAUCAAGAACUGCGUCAUAGUCGCUAGCUGCCAUCAGUUCCGCAUGCAUGACUCAUUCGCCGUUGACGUAUAUCUCAACAUCUCCUCCAACCCCAUCAUCGAAACAAGCAAUAACAUCCGCUUUUCACCCUACCCUGACACGCUUCGCGACCUACUUCCGCACAGCAACCUUCAGCUUCUCGCCCCGAACAGCCAACACCUCGCCGUGCGGGAUUUCUCCCAUAUCCGCGCAACACCGUCGCCACAUUGGCGUGCCUUGCCCGAAGAGCUUCGGGUAACGGACUGGUCGAACGCUGUUCGUGAUGUCGGACAGGUGGAUAGUGUGCUGGCAAGACUUCUGCCUGAUAAAGCCAGUUGA